AUGCCGAAAAGCCAGUGCGGCUUCCGCCGUCAUCGCGAAACCACGGAUAUGACCUUCGCUGCCCGUCAACUUCUGGAUAAGUGCCAGGAGAUGCGGACCCACCUAUGCUCUACCUUCGUGGAUCUGACGAAAGCCUUCAAUACGGGGAGUAUUGAAAGACUGGAAAAUCGUGCAGAAAUUCGGUUGUCCCGAACGAUACAUCCAGAUGGGGCGUCAACUCCACGACGACAUGAUGGCGCGAAAAACGGAUCAGUCUUAGAGGCAUUCGCAGUGACAAACGAAGUGAAGCAGGGAUGCGUCCUGGCGCCCACCCUCUUCAGUCAUAUCUUCUCUGUUAUGCUAAUGGACGCCAACCGUGACGAACGUUCGGGGAUCCCCACUGCCUACAGGACGGACGGCACCUUCUCAAUCAACGGCGGCUGUACUUCCAGUCGCGCGUAUCCACAAACACGGUUCACAACCUUCUCUCCGCCGACGACUGCGCCCUCAACGUCAUCUCGUAAGAGUGCAUGCAAAAGGAGCAUGGACCUCUUGUUCGCCGCCUGCGAGAACUUCGUUCUGGUCAUCAACACGAAGAAGACGGUGGUCAUGCACCAACCGCCAUCCAACACAGCCACCCCCAUAAUUCGCCGCAGAUCAGCGUGA